UCGGUACCGUUAGCCACUCUCUUCCUGGACUAAUUACCGAGCCACUUCUUCUCCCUUUUGUAGCACGGAGGUGUUUUCUUUGCCAUCACAGUAGCCAUUUAAAACUAGCAGCAAUGACGAAGAAGAAGGUCCCCAAAGUGAAGAGGGCGAAAGCCGGAAAAGGAAAGAAAGAAAGCAAGCAUGAGUCAAAAGCGGACAAAGAGUCUGACAGUGAAAAAGCCAAGGCCAACGCUGCGCUGUGGGAGCUGAAGUUAAAGAUCACCGAACAGUCGCUCGUGGAGUAUCGCGAGGCCUGCCGGAAGUUAGCACGCGCAAAUGAAGAGCUCACCAACCAACUGUAUCGCGCGGAGAAAGAAUCCAUCGAUAUUACUGGCUUUCUGAAGAAACAAGAUGCUACUAAAGCGGAGAAGAUCAGCGUGCUGCAGAGAAGCCUCAAAAAUCAACAGGCACUUGCACAGGAGGAGCAAAACAAACUGGUUGAUGAUUACACGAGGCAAAUUAAUGAGAUGAAGGAACUGUUCAGAAAGAAGUCCAGUGACUUUAACAUGAUCCAAGAUGGGAUGAAGAGAAUUAAGGAGUUUGAGAAGAGGAAAGCACAGAUGGAGCAGGAGCUCAGUGAUAUUAGAGAAAACAUGGAUCUUUCUGACAAGAAGCACAGGGAAAACCUAAACAAAGUGGAGUGCAGAUUCUUCAAAGAAAAGGAUCGCCUGGAGAAGGAAGCAGAGCGAACGAUAGCUGUGGUGGUGGAGAGGGCCCACAAUGAAGCCAUUGUGCAGUUGGACGAUGCCUCGCGCUCUGUGUUUAAGGAGAAUGUCCGUCUGAAUGAAGCUCUGAAAUAUCACAUAAAGGAGGCAGAGGACCUGCACGCUUUGACACGUUCAAUGGAUAAGGAAAAGGCCUCCCUGGAACUGGACAAGAACGUGUUUGAGUUGACGGUGAAGAGAAACGCAGCUCAGAUGGAGGCCCAAAAAAAGGAGAUAUCCAAGCUGAGGGCCAAGGUGGCUUCACUGGAGCAUGCCCUCGAUCUUAAAGCUGAGGAACCUGAGAUACAGGAGGAGGAGAAGGAGAAGGCUCUGGUCACCAUUCAGGCCAGCCAGGUAGAACUAGACAAGCUGCAGAAAGUGCUUCACAUGCGGGAGAGGGAGCUGGGGCACGUCAAGCGGCUGGCCAGCUCCAUCGUGGAUCAGCGCACAGAGCUGGAGCAGUUCUUCCAUGAGGCUCUGGCUCAGGUGAAGCAGGAGAUCAUGGCCAGCAGGCAGCAAUACAAAAAGGAGGCACUACAGGCUUAUCGCCAGAGGCUAAAAGAAGCCACAGCAGGAAAGCUAAAGUUCCCACCCAUCCGCACCUUCCAUAAAGGACCUCACAGUACCAACUCUGUCUAUUCAGAUCUGGAGGCGGCUGCAAGGUGGACCCAUCAACCAGACAGCAAGGUUGAAAUCUCAGAUCUCACUUGGGAGCAGAAGGAACAAGUGCUCAGGCUUCUCUUUGCUAAAAUGAAUGGACAGAGGGAAAGGAAAGACAGCCAACAUAUGGCUUUGUCUGCCUCCUCCGAGAAGAGGAGCCUUAUUGCCAGCGAUGCUGCCGGGAUCAGAGAGGAUCUCUCCCGGGCGACCUUCAUCACCCAGGGGCCCGAGCCCACUCUGCCCCCCAACACCCUGCCAGAUAUACACACCACAUGACCUCAGAGUGGCCUCUACAUGGCACAUCACACUCUGGAUUGUUUGCCUCCAUGCUUCCCACAGAGUGUCAAUCAUGUGUGUAGUAGAAUGGGAGUUGUUUGUUUGUGCUAAUUAUAAAUA